AUGCCUGAAGCACCACCCUUCAUCUGCACUCCGACCAAACCCUUCUUCUCCGCACCAUCGUCACUGUGUUCUCCCUCACCAUCACCGAUAGAAAAUGAAGAACAAAUAUGCUGUUUUCCGCCUUCAUCUUCGAUUGUUAACCCUAGUUCCACCUCCACCUCAGUUCCAAACCCUAGAUAUGAUGUAUGUUCCGCCGAAAUAUUACCUGAGGUUUUUGUGUCAAAUUUGUUAAGGAGGAGCAAAUUUUCUUCGGUUUACAAAGGGGUUUUGAGAGACAGAUCAGUUGUGGAAGUGUGCGACUGUGAAGAGUUAGAGAGAGGGUUCACCGGAGAUGGUGAUGGACGCAGACAGGGUUCAUCGGAGAGAUUAUCCACCGGCGGUGGCUUAAGGAUGAAUGGCUGUCCCUACGUUUUGCUGUAUUUGUCACAUUUUGCUGUAUUUGUGGACCAGGGUACCGUUCCAGGGUUGGUUACUUCACCUGACUUUGAUGAAGACCUCGAAGAUUCGUAUGCCCUCUAUUCCCUCCACCAUCGGCGAUUAAAGGGUUUGAUUGGGGUAAGUGCUACCUCUGACGGUCUCCGAUUUAUUGCCUGCUUCCGCCUCCAGCGACACUGGCUUCGCCACAGCGUCCGCCAUCAAUACUGUUCCCACCUGACUCCUCCAACUGGUGCUCCCAUUCAUCGACCCCACCUUCUCAUCUUCGAUUGUGGGUGCAGCGCUGGAGACAGUUUGGUUUCCCUAAAACUUCUUAUUUUAUGCCAUAUAUCAACCUUGAAGCCCAAGAUGAUUUCUAUAGAAAAAUCAAAGGUUGGUGGGUCUCAUAAGAAAUUGAAGCUCCUAUUGCAAAGCCUAUUGUUAUGCUAUCAAAGCCUAAUUCAGCAAAAGAUAGUACAUAUGCAGGUAGGUGAUGAUUAUUUGAAAGAUCUUCUUGCAAACAAGGUUGUUCAUCGCUUCUUGAUGAAGUCUUUUACUUAGACGAGCUUCAUAAAUUGAGAAUCAAGAAAGAAUUCAGUAGUGGACCCCGAGCAUAGUCGGAGGACGAUGAGAGAUUUUU